AUGGUAGGGUAUCGAAAAGAUGACACACUUAGUCCAAAUCAAAAGUUAAUAGCAGGUGUUGUGUCUGGAAUUGUGACCCGUUUUCUGACUCAACCUUUGGACGUUUUAAAAGUCAGGACUCAAUUGCAAAAGAAAGGCACAAAGGGUAAACAGCGUAACGUAUACGAAACAACAAAAGAAAUCUUAUUUGAAGAAGGUAUUACCGCUUUUUGGCACGGUCAUAAUCUCGGUCAGAUACACUCCAUCCUCUCAACGUCAUCCCAAUUUUACGUUUAUGAAGUGACUACGAAAUAUGUUUUUAAUUCGUCUGUUAAUCCUAAAUACAAAUCUUUUCUAGAGUUCCUGUGUGGAAUGUGCGCCGGGUCGUGUAGCGCAACUCUCGUAACUCCGUUAGAAGUAAUCCGAGUCAGACAGAUGCUUAUAAAGGAGCAAUAUAGAGGAUUUUUAAAUGGGGCCAAAGCAGUCUACAAAACUGGUGGAUUACUAGCAUUUUAUGAGGGAUGGAUGGCUGGAGUACUUAUGUUGGGACCUCAAUCUGGAAUAACUUUCUCCGUGUUUAGUUUUCUCCAGCCAAUCUUUCUCAGGUAUCUGUACAGCUGUAAUGGAAACUGUACCCAUCCAAAGGUGAAUGCCCACAAACCAGAGCAUCUUCUCUUCGCAACGACUGCAGCUGGUAGCAUCGCGGGUUUCGUCGCCAAAAUAUUGACUUAUCCGUUAGAUUUGGCUAAGCGUCGAUUACAAAUAGGGAGUCAUAAAGCGGAUACAAAAUAUUACACUCCAACGACAUCUAGAAAUUUAGUAAAAUGUACGAAAUUAUUACAAUGCAUCGCAGAAACAUAUAAAAUAGAGGGUUUUAGGGGUCUAUAUAGAGGUUUAUCUGUCACCAUUUAUAAGGCAUCGAUGACAAACGUAGUUACAUUUACAACUUACGAACUUAUAUGCUAUGUCAUAAGACAAGUGGAAAAUAAGUAAAGUUACUACUAUGCGUAUUUAUCACAGUGUACGUACAUAUGUAAAAAUAACAUAGUGUAGA